AUGGCAGACUUCACGGUUUAUGAUUUUCCUGGUAGGAUUUCAUUGAAAUCUGUCCUAGCCCUGAAAAAAGUAUCUGAUAGGUUUGAAGCACUGGGUCUUAUGGAGAGGGCUCUAAAUUCCCAAUUUCAGUAUUUAUUGAAAGGAGUCCCAGACUUGUUGUUCUCAGGGACCAUUUUACAUCAGUUGCUGCGUCGGAAGGACAAUGUUGAAUUGGAGCAGAAGAAGAUUGAGAAUGAGAAUGAUCCGCCGAUAGAUGACGUUCUUCAUGAGGCUGUUGUCGAGAAUGAGAAUGUUGUUGAGGAUCCGCCGAUAGAGAACGUUAUUCAUGAGGCUGUUGUCGAGAAUGAGAAUGUUGUUGAGGAUCCGCCGAUAGAGAACGUUCUUCAAGAGGCAGUUGUUGAGAAUGAGAAAGAAGAAAAAGUCAUAUUGGUCACGAGAAGAAAUAGGAGGCCGAAGCAUGAUCCAGAUUUCACCGACCCUAAUCUGAAACAGCCCAAGUUAAAAGAUCCUAUCACCGUCAAUCCACUUCUAAAAUAUGACGAUCAACUUCUUCAUCAAUUGCAAACAUGGCUUAAAGAUCCAACAACUGACAAGACAAAAAUUGAGCUCCAUACUACGUUAGGUGAUAAGGCAUUAUUUCGCCGAUUGCUAAAAAGGUUCACUUGGCUGAAUGAUGAUGAAAUCGAUGCAGGUUGCUUCAUUCUGAGAAGAAGAGCUUGGCUAUAUCCAAAGACAUAUAAGAAGAACUUCUUUAUUGGAGAUUGUUGGCUCCACACUAGGUUCACUACUGAUUACCCUGAGUUUAAGAAAAGUCGUAUUGAGUUUGACAUUGAAAACUUUUUCGAAUACUUCUUCGGCAAUGAAAACAACUUUAGGGUUAGUGGGAAAAUAUGCGAUGAUAUAUAUAUUCCUUUGAACAUCAAAGACGUCCACUGGAUACUUUGUGUUGUCCGUCUACAGCAAUGGCGCGUAGACGUAUAUGACUGCGAUCCUGGAUGUUAUGCUAAUCUUGAUGAGUUUGUGCUACCGAUGUGCGAAAUGAUUCCGGUUAUAUUUGACAAGACAUUGCCUCUUGAAGAUAAACAAAGAUUUCCUUUGCUCAACCCUGAUUCCGUUUUGCCAUACACAAGACUUCCAGAGUCAGAAGUUCCCAAAGCAACUAAGAGUGGAGAUUGUGGUGUCUUUGUACUAAUGUAUAUUGAGUACUUGACUGCAAACCUGAAUCUAGCAGAAGUGACCUCAAAUGAGAUGAAAACUUGGAGAGAAAAGUGGGCAGUGAGGUUAUUUCAUGGACUUGUAGAUCCAUAG